UUUCCUUCCUUUCACUCGAUUUCAUCCACUGUUUCUUAACACCUGGCUCAAACUGCCGAGUUACGACAUUUCAUGUGGUUGAUCCAUCUACCUAUGCAGAGCUAGAUUUCCUGUGAGUGUCACUGAGCAAAAGGCAACAAGCAAACAUUUUUUACAGGAAACGUGAGUCAUAUCAAAUUGAUGUCAGGUCACCUCAAAUGAGAACAUCCUUAGGACAGAGACAUAUUACAGGAUGCUGUCAAAAUGCUUCUCAGAGCAUAGAUUUCCUCAUCAGUCUUGGCUGUAUUGACUGGUGUGACUUACGAGGGGAAAAUCCCUACUUAUAGUAACCAAGAGGCCACAUACUGUAUGUUUAAUAAUACUCUUAAAACUUUAAUUCCGUGACUUUGUGGCAUCACACCACCCCUCCAUGUCAUACAUUUGCAAAAUGUAUGCCUGUAUUCAUGGUAGAAGUGAAGCCACCUGGAGGUCGAAAACACGACCCCGAGACACAUCAAAGAGUGCUGGCUCAGACGUGUGUGAGCUGACCAAUCAGAGCAGACUGGGUAUUCAGCGGUUCAGAGAGAGGAGCUAAAACAGAGCAUAUCAGACAGAGGGGCUGCUGCAUGAGAAAACACAUUUAGUUUAAAUUUCAAAAAAAGCAUAUAAAAUGGGACUGAUUACAAGGGCCCCUAUGGGGGUAGUAAAAUUGUUGUUUUACUAUAUCUUUUUUUAUUUUUUUUACUUCUAAGCAAUUAGUGUCGUAACUAACUUAAAAUUGGCAGAAUAAAUCGGAUGAGAGACUUUACUCUGUAUAAAAAAAAAAUAGUGGAGGCUGUCUGAGGCCCCUCUCCCCCCUCACAAUACAUAAUGGUUCAGUCCAUCCCUGCAGCUACAGGUGGGAUGGUGCGUCACCAAACAGCUUAAUGAGCAGAGAGGCUGCUGCUCAUCAACAUGUCUUUACCCAAGAAAGCAGAAUCAGGGGUCCUCAAACAAAAGGAAAAGGCAGAAAGGGAAUGAAAGCAAGGAGAGGGAAGACAACGCCUACAAUUUUCUUUUAAAAGAAAGCCACCACCUGUGAAUCUACAGUUGUGGAGAUACAUUAGACCUGCAUGUGGGACUACAAGGGAGACGGCUACUUCUGAUAAAACCACUUCCUUGAGGCAAAAGCCUGCUGCGUUCCCUUGAAGACCAAGCUCAAUCAGGUUCCUUCCUUCAAACGACGACAGCUGCAGUCACUUGAAAAAAGGCAAACAUCACUUAUUUGAUGGGGCGCCCCUUGCCCAGGAAUCAAUACAGUCAGCUGAUGGGGCAGAUCACCUCUAAGCGUAACGGGUUGGUCCUCCCUCGUGUUCACUUCUCGACCAGUGAGGAAGGACCUCCCAGAUACUCUUCACAGCAUUUGGACGCCAACAGCAGGCAACAAGAUGGCAACCUCCAAGUUCCUCCAACCAUUGUUGUAUCCGAUGUGGACUCAAGUGUGUCUGAGCGCCAGGGCUCGAAGAUGGAUGUGCGGCGAUCUUCCCUCUACAGCACGUUAGACCUGGUGCCACAGCUGGAGCAUUACGCCAGAUCGCUGCCACACCAUCGGAUGAAGAGCCGGCCGUCUCUCGAGGCUCUCCGCAGAGCAUCUGACGUGGAGGUGGAAAAGACCACCACAGACUCUGGAGAUUGCAGCCUGCCCGUGACAGACACUGUGAAUGAAGAGCCACAAGCUAAAGAUGACAAAGCGCCGGUUAGAUUUGGCUGGGUGACUGGAGUCAUGGUUCGUUGCAUGCUGAAUAUUUGGGGAGUCAUCCUGUUCCUCCGCCUGUCGUUGAUCACUUCUCAAGCAGGGAUUUUGUUGACCUGGCUUAUUAUCCUGAUGUCGGUGACGGUGACCUCAGUAACUGCACUCUCCAUCUCUGCCAUCGCCACCAACGGGAGGGUGACGUCAGGUGGGGCGUAUUUCAUGAUCUCCCGCUCCCUGGGUCCUGAAAUUGGUGGACCGAUUGGGAUGGUCUUUUCCUUCGCCAACGCUCUGGCGUGUGCCCUCAACACUGUUGGCUUUGCAGAAGUAGUCAGUGAUUUAUUGCAGGAGUAUGGUGUCACCAUUGUCGAUCCAAUCAACGACAUCCGUAUCGUGGGCAUUGUCACGGUGACUGUUCUCCUGCUCAUUUCAUUGGCUGGAAUGGAGUGGGAGUCCAAGACACAGAUUUUGUUCUUUAUCAUUCUCCUGAUCUCAUUUUCCAACUACUUGGUGGGAACAGUCAUCCCUCCCAGUGAAGAAAAACAGGCCAAGGGGAUCUUUGGAUACCGAAGUGAAAUCUUUGUACAAAACCUGACACCUGACUGGAGAGGACCUCAAGGAAACUUUUUUGAAUUGUUUGCCAUUUUCUUCCCCUCUGCCAUCGGCAUCCUUUCUGGAGCCAACAUCUCUGGAGACCUUAAAGACCCUGCUACUGCUAUUCCCAAAGGGACCCUCAUGGCUAUUUUCUGGACAACAGUCAGCUAUCUCGUUAUUUCUGUAACUGCUGGGGCAUGUGUGCUGCGGGACGCCUCUGGUAAUAUAACUGACAUUCUCACUGGAAACAUCACAGACGGCUGUGUGGGUUUGGGAUGCGAACUGGGCUGGAACUUCACCGAGUGCAUCCAGACGCAGACCUGUGAAUACGGUCUGGCCAACAGUUCAAAGCUCCUGGGCCAACUUUCGGGUUUCUACCACCUCAUCACAGCUGGUGUCUUUGCAGCCAGCUUGUCAUCUGCCCUCGGCUUUCUCGUGUCCGCCCCCAAAGUCUUUCAGUGUCUUUGCAGAGACAACAUAUACCCGUACAUUGGAUUCUUUGCAAAGGGCUAUGGGAAAAACGAUGAGCCACUGCGGGCCUAUUUACUCUGCUACGUCAUUGCUAUUGCCUUCAUUCUCAUCGCUGAGCUGAACACCAUUGCGGCCUUGAUCUCCAACUUCUUCCUGUGUUCCUACAGCCUCAUCAACUUCAGCUGCUUCCAUGCUUCAAUUACCAACUCCCCUGGCUGGAGGCCGUCAUUUCACUACUAUAGUAAAUGGACAGCUUUAUUUGGAGCGGUGAUCUCGGUGGUGCUCAUGUUCCUGUUUACCUGGUGGGCCGCUCUCACCACCCUCUGUAUCAUCUUCUUCCUGUUUGGAUACGUCAACUACAACAAGCCAAAGGUGAACUGGGGCUCAUCAGUCCAGGCGGGGACAUACAACAUGGCCUUGUCAUACUCCGUCGCUCUGUCUGGUGUCGAGGAUCAUGUCAAGAAUUUCAGACCGCAGUGUCUUGUCCUGACCGGGCCACCAAACCAGCGACCAGCCCUGGUGGACUUUGUCGCAUCCUUCACCAAACACACAAGCCUCAUGAUCUGUGGCAACAUAAUCAUGGCGCAGGACAGGCAGAGUCAUCCUCAGGAUGCCACGGAUUGGUUGUUGAAGUGGUUGAACAAGAGAAAGGUGCGCUCCUUUUACACACCCUUCACUGCUGACAGCCUCAGACUUGGAGCCCGACACCUGCUACAGGCCUCUGGACUUGGUAAGCUGAAAUCCAAUACCCUGGUCCUGGGCUUUAAGGCAAACUGGAGGGACAGUUCGCCCGAGAGCAUCGAAGAUUAUAUCAACACCAUAAAUGACACCUUCGACUCCAACUUUUGUUUGUGUAUCCUGAGGAUGAUGGACGGGCUGGACAUCUCUGACCAGUUUCAUUCGGAAGUGAACCAGGCCUUUGAGCAUGACGAGACUGUUGAAAAUGAUGACCAGCAAUCUCCUGAGGGGGAAUCAGCUGACGAAUUAUCUGAUAAAGAUGACAGUGAUCAGAUCAAAACAGUGUUUCAGAAUGACCAGGGGAAGAAGACCAUCGAUGUCUACUGGAUAGCUGAUGACGGAGGUCUGACUCUGCUGGUGCCAUACCUGCUCACCAGGAGGAAACACUGGCACCGCAGUAAGGUCAGGGUCUUCAUCGUGGGCGACGAACAAAACAUGGAGGAAGGACGCAACGAGAUGAUCGCUCUGCUGAAGAGGUUUCGUCUGGAUUUUAACGACGUCAUAGUCAUGACGGACAGCGAGAGGCGGCCACAUGACAAGAACUUGAGAAGAUUUGUCGACAGUGUCGCCCCCUUCAGGCUAUAUGAUGAAGAGAAUGAAGGUGUCUCAAUUCAGGAGCUUAGACAAAGCGCCCCGUGGAAGAUAUCAGACAAAGAGUUUGAGGCCUUCAAACUUAAGUCCGAGAGAAAAGUGAGGCUGAAUGAAAUCAUCCGGAGGAAUUCACAACACGCUGCUCUCGUGCUUGUGAGCCUUCCUGUGCCACACAGCGACUGCCCCAGUGCUCUGUACAUGGCCUGGUUGGACACUCUGACCUGUGGCCUCCACUGCCCUGCUGUGCUGAUUCGUGGAAACCAGCAGAACGUCCUCACUUACUACUGCCAGUGAAAGUCGACCUACAGGGAUGGAUAUUUUAAGACAGUAGAUUGAAACAGUACCCUAGGAACUAUGAGAAACAUGCCACAUAAACCACAUCACUGAAACAGAAAUGUGAUAAUAGAAUAGAAUUCAUGGUGAAACUUAAUAUUUCAACUGUAAGAACUGUAUAUGUACUGUAGAAUGUUGUGAUGGAAGACAUUAUUAAGCAUCACAACCACUGAGAUCAUCUUCAGGAUGAUGUGAAUGCUAAUGCCUUAGCUGCCGUCUGUGACAGAUGACAGUGAAAGCAAAUAAUGAGGAAAAGUUAAGGGCAUUCCUAAUGGAGAGAAACCAAUGCUUUGUUGCUCAAGUAACCACUACCUGCUGCUAUUUUAGCUGUGAUUGUUUCAUGCUUGUUAUAAAGAAAAGGACCAUAAUACAUUGACAAGGCAGCGAGUUAUCAUAAUCCUCAGUUUGUAGUGUGCAAGUAGUUUGUUCAUCUGCCACACGUCAAAUGCAAUAUAAUAUAUUUGGUCUCAUCAUUAUACUGUUUUUGUAAUAAUUGUGGUAAUUUCAGUGUUUUGAGAGGUAAUGCAUUGUGUAUGUACAUAAUUUAUAGCAUGCUGUUGGGAAAAUAUCAAGAAUUACCACACAUAAAAUUAAGAUGAUAGUAUGUACACUGUAAAUACACAUAAGAUGUGUCAAUAUUAUCUCCAUAUUUACUGUUUGUGUUUAUAUGUAAUAUAUUAGUAGAGUAGCUAUCCUUGUUAGGCCUUGAUGAACAGUCCAUGAAAUGUUUUCUGUCACCCUCUUUUUGGUAAAGGUAUUUCCAACAAUGUUCAGUUUAGUCGCUGCCGCUACUUGUGGCAUAGGGAAGUUAGCGAAAGAGACUACAUUUAAGAUCAUUAAAACAUUAAAACAUUA